AGACUCUUAUUUUUGAAAGAAGCAACCCCAUGCGUCAAUUCCGGUUGUCGAAUAACAUCAACCCGGAGCUGCGCCUGUGAGCUAACGCUUCAUCUAUUGUCAGUGUAUUUUCCUCGGCACACACAGAGAAAAAGCAUGUCAGAUACGGAGACAAAACCAUCCAGCCAAGACGGAGGGGAUAAAAAAGAUGGAGAGUACAUCAAAUUAAAAGUGAUUGGUCAGGACAGCAGUGAAAUCCACUUUAAGGUGAAAAUGACAACACAUCUAAAGAAGCUGAAGGAGUCAUACAGCCAGAGACAGGGCGUCCCAGCGAGCACGCUAAGGUUUUUGUUUGAAGGACAGAGAAUCGCAGACAACCAGACUCCCAAAGAGCUGGGAAUGGAGGACGAGGACGUCAUCGAGGUGUAUCAAGAACAGACUGGCGGACUUUGGAACGAUUAAACCUCCCACAUUUCUAAAUCCUUUUAUUUCUUUCUCUUUUACUUAUUUUGUAUUUUAUUUUUUAUGUAUGUACGUAUUUUUGUUCAGUUUCAAACCAUCUGGAUCAAAAUGGACUCAAUUAGGGCUUCCGCGUGUGUGGGCAGGCUGGCAAACAGGCUGAGGACAUGGACCACCGGUUCUCUGAAGUGCAGGGAUGAAUUCAGCCCACAUUUACCAAGAAAAACGUUCUUUUUCCUUCCUGUUUUUAAUCAUCCUUGUAGUUAUAUCAGAAGAAAUAAAUGAUCCUAUAAUAAGCAGCUGCAGAAAAAGGAAUAGUUCACGCAGAAUGAAAAGGUUUGCUCUGUUUCAGUUCACCCCUCGAGUUUCAGGUUUCCUUGUUAAUCUCUAUUUUGAGUACUCGCUGUUUUUUGUUCGGUAUGGGAUUUGAUAGUUUGAAGGUUUGAGUUGAUCAUCUUCUUUUGAAUGUGCCCCACCUCUUUACCAAGAUAGAUUAAAUGUAACUCCUCCUGACAAAAGGUUGGAGCAAGCUGUCAAGUUUAGCAGGUUGGAUUGUUUCUGAUCGUGCUGAGAAUGCCCGAUUUGAGGUCUUAUGCUAUUUGCCUUCUAUAAUCCAGUAAACAUGGAUCUUUGGAGUAAAAAAUUUGCCUAUAUCCUUUAUAUUUGUACAUUACACAGUACAUACACAAGCAGUUUACUUGGGUUAUAUUGGAAAAGAAACUAAAUAUUGGGGUUGUAGCCACCAUGGGAUCACCAUAUUUGGUCAGUGGGGUGGAGUACCAUAUCCUCAGUUUGGUUAGGAAGCUGAAACACAUGCUGUAUUAACACCUGGCGUUAACAUGCGACCCACAUCUGGUUGCUGUCACUCACAACGGCUCAAUUUAUGAUUGAAUUAUAAUCAUGAUCAUUUAUUACAGUACCCCAGCUUUAGAAACAUCAUCUAUUUGUUUUACUUUUAAGACAAAUCUCAUCUAUUUCAGUCAAAUUCAAGUCAAAUUCAAACAUGCAGAAUUUAGUUUUCAUCACCAGGGGGCAGUGUUUUAUUUCUUUUUAGUCCUGUCACCAUUUCCUCAGAGGCUUUCUCUGUUUGUUAAGAAAAAAGUUUUCUUAAUAAUUUAUCUGACUAAACAAAGGCCACACUGACUCACUGCACCCAUAUUGUGGUAGAAACUGGUAUAAUGUCAAAGUACAGCUCAGCCCUAGUUCAGCCUCAGUUGACAUCUUAUAAACACAACACGCAGGACUUGUUUCUUUACAUUCUGAGGGAGCUUUUGGGUCAUUUUAAACAGAAUAAUUUAAAUUAACCACCUUUAAAGGGAAAUUAUGAGGCUUAUGAAGCAGGCCACAUUUUUUUGGGAUCUUUCACUGUAUGGAAAACUGAGACAUGAUGUUCAGCAUCUGUUGGAUGAUUCAGUACGUGUGAAGCAUCUGAGAAACGCACAAAAAAAAGCGUGGUGAUAGUCAGGGAUUUCUGGAUGAACUGUUCCUUUUAAGCUUUCAUUUUCAUGUUUGGGGAGAAAAGAAACAGGUUAGAUGUUUCAUUCCACAUGUUUUGUGUGACAUUCAGGGCUCAUAAACAGCUGGAUUAGUGGACAGUCCACCAUAAGAAGUGGACAACAUAAGAGUUUGUGUUGAUCAUCCUCCGUGUGCCAUGUUUCUUAAACUGCACCAUGUUGUAAGAUGAUAAUAACCAACCUGAAAUGAAACUACUUCAGAUUUGAACCCAUUUUUAAAUGACUUUUACGUGUAUAUGUUGUAUUCAGUAUUAGUGUGUGUGAAUGAUAUGCCAUGUAUAUCUCCAGUGUCUUUAUUUUAAUAUGUUCAAGGGUUUCAUUCUGUAAUUAUGUAUGAAAAUAUAAACCUGUUAUAGACACGUUUUACUCGCUGACAGUCACAGAGAUUUUUGAAGUCCUCUGGCAGUUUUGUGCAAAGAAAGGUCUUCUGCUGUGGUGUCGGCGCGUGUUUUUAAAGCUUUUCUUUCCUGGUUUUGGAAUGAAACUCUUAAUCUGUGUACUGUAUGAAGUUCCUCCUGAAGGUAAACGCAGCCCCAGAGCUCUGGCUCACAUUUAAAUCAGGUUAAAGCAGCACCUCAGAGUUCAUAGUAGAAAAACAACGUUAAAUAAAGUAAUGAUCAGUGGCUGUCAUUCCCCAGAGGUGUGUGCAUAAAAAAAAAAUAGGUAGAUGAGAUUUUCUCAACCUGGCCGGCUGUUUGAAAUUUGUCCUUUUUGUGCAUUGGUGAUAUAUCUGCUCCACCCAAACUCCACCCAGACGUACAGGGCUGUGA